AUCGAUAAUUCAUAUAAGGACCUGAAGUUUGUACAUUUACAUUUUAUUUGAUGUUGUAUCCAUUCUUCACGUUCAAUAAAGAAGAAUGUUUGUUACAUAUGAGAUGAUGAAUUGAACAAUCUCCUUGUGCGAUUCUAUGCAAGUAAAAUAGUAGCUUCUAAAUUUGAAACAUUUCGACCAGCAUCGUUCAUGAACAACCCCCAAAACUUACUUUAUUAAAUUAAUGGGACGAUAAUUUAUCAGUUCGGAUGUUUAGCUCCAUUCCCAAGAGAUAUUUCGAGAUGUCAUAACACUGAACAAUGUCAAGAUAGAAACUAUUAGAACAAUAUAACUAGUUCGUGUUGUCGGACGGUCUCAAAUUAACUGGAAUGAGAGUAGAAAUUAAUUUUCACAUCGAAGGUCCGCGCGCAAAAAAAUUAAUAAUAUUUAAAUAGCUGAAGAGAAUAACAAAGUCAAUAAAUAUUUGUUCGGCGCUAAUUAGUGAGACGUAAACGAGGAGGGGAACUAAAAGCUAUUAGAACGUGUGGACGAAUUCCAAUUUGUACUUAAUUACAAUUUUUUUUUGUGAAAGAAAGCGAGAAUCGAGCUACAAAAGUCGCAUUUUUUCAUAAAUUUUUAUUAUUAAAUGUUUACAAUGGCAUAUACACAAACAAUGAGACAGAUAUCGCAAGGCAAUCAGUAUAUAGUAUAAAAUACAGUGAGAUAGAAGAAGUUUUUAUCAGUGAAACAAAUUAAUCAAAAGCCACUUGAUUCAGCGAAUUUUCCUUUACUAUUUUGGACGAUAACUAAUCAUUAUUUUAGUAGCGAUUAAAUGUUCAAGACAUUAACACCUUGUUUUACACAAAAUUGUAGUGACUAUUGAGAAAGCAAAAAAAUAUGAAGGAGAAAAUGUUUCGAUUGAGAAUGUCAUCCAAAGAGCAUGAUGAUCAUUCGAAAAAUAAAGUAAUUAAAAUUAAAAUGUGUGAAUAAUUGUCGUACACGCGACUAAGUGUGAUAAGAAACGCUCUUGCUUUGAAAGAUUAGCGAGAUGAUUGUAAAAGAAGCUCGUAGAAAAAAAUUCUAUGGAUUUUAUUUUAUGUGCUGAAAGUAAUGGUGAAAAAAUUUCUUUUUUUAUGACAAUAAAGAAUGGAAAUUCUGGAGAGGAAUUUGAGGGGAGGAAGUUUAAUAACAUUUCCUUGCUAUUUACUAGGAUAAUUUAUGGCGAAAUGCCUGCUGAAAAUAAGUAUUCAUUCAUGUUUUAUGAAUAGAAUGAGUGACGACUAGAGCGAGGUCGUUUUGUGCCCAAAAUUUAAUAGUGUUAUCAUAAUUUUGCACUUGAAAUAUAUUUUUUCGUGAAUCAGUUGGAUUUACGUCAGAACUUUUCGGCUGAUAUGGUUUCUUGAUGUGAUUAUGGCUUAAAAUAGAAUAAUAGAUUAAAAUAAUGGAAUUGGAAAUUCGUUGUGGGACUAAAAUAGCUUUGACUGGAUGAUUCAGGAAUACAAAGAGAUUCUCAAACAUUUUUGACUCGAAAUACGCAAGGAAAAAUCUCACAACACAGAGUUUGAAAAUGUUUGGAACAAUUUGGAUCUAUUUAUCAAUCUUCGAGUAUACGCCUGACUUAAUCGAGUUGUUUUUUAGCCAGUUUCUAUUUCAGAACAGAACCCACACUCUUAGAAAAGAAGCUUACAGAUAGUUUAAAUUUUUAUUACUCAGCCACUAAAACCAAAAUCUUGAAAUUGGAACUACAUUAGAUUCACAUUUGCUAUGAUAGUCCAUUUGAGUUCAAUAUGUACAUGGUAAUUAAAAAUCCGUAAAGGAUACUUGACUUCUAUUGGAAAAAUACGAAUAAAUCCAAAUAUUACAAUGACUGGCUGCACAAUGUAGCUCUGAUCUACAUAUUGAUAUAAAACAAAACAAAAAACACAAGCUAAAUAGAGCAAAGAUGAUAAUUUGUUUGCAAUAUUGAUUAUACACUGAUAUAUAUAGGGGAACAAAAUGUCACACAUAAACCUGUUAAUUAUCAUGAGUACUUUAAAAGUUCCAGCUGAUAAGGCAGUUUAAAUACUCAAAAAAAAAUAUUUAAGUAAUUUUUAUAAUUUCUUUGCCAGUAUCUGAAUGAGAAUUAUGCGAUAAAAAAUGUUAAAUACUUCAAAUCUCAAAUGUUUCAAUUAAUAAAAAUUGAUUGAUCGUUGAUAUUAUACCGAAAACCUCAAGCUACAAUGACGAGAGAAUAAGAAGAAAAAAUUGAUAUCACAUUUUGGUGACUUUUAUUCUAGAAACAAAAAGUCAAUUUAAAAAUGAAAUGAAAUGGAACGUCACCGUAAUAACAGUCAGCAAUUUGAGAGUAUUCGUGCUCUUAUAACUCAAAUCCAUCAUGGCUCAACAUCAAAUAUCUUUUAUAAUCACUCAAAUGAAGAAUUAUCAACAAAUGAAAUGGAAAGAUCGACUUCAGAUCGUAGCGUAAAUAGCUUAAAUACAUUACCAUUUCUAGCUGUUGAAAAGCCACGAAAACGAUCAAUGUUUGAUGCGGCAUUUAAAAUUCCAUUGCUAACAGUAACUGGCCCUCACUCGGCUGAUUCACCUGAUGAAGCUCAUCUUCCCCGACGGUUCAGUUUUGGAAACUUUAGGCGGCAUUCACAUGGCUCGGGCUUAAAUCGCGUCGAUUCGAUGGGAUCACUGGCACACCGUACUUUAACAACUUUUAUAGAGAAUGAUGAUUUCGGAAACUUUAAAGCAUUCCUUGACGCCCAUCAAAUCCAAGUUGAUGAUCGCGAUGAGAAUGGAACUACCGUACUUAUGAUAUGCUCAACGAAGGGUCUCAUACAUUAUGUUCGAGAAUUAAUAAGUCAUGGAUCGGAUCCUAAUCUACAGGAUUUAGACAAUUGGACAGCAUUAUUAUGUGCCGCAAAGGGAGGUCAUUUCGAGAUAGUUGAGACACUUCUUGAUAAUGGUGCCGACAUUGAGCAUCGUGAUAUGGGAAAUUGGACAGCAUUGAUGUGGGCUACAUAUAAAGGUCAUGUGAAUAUUGUACGAUUUCUUCUUGAACAUAAUGCUGAUAUUAAUGCCAAUGGAAAUUAUCACAUUUCCCCUUUAUUGUGGGCUUGUGGUCGAGGCUAUACUGAAAUUGUUCAAAUGCUGGUACAGCGUGGAGCUAAAGUGAAUGUCGGUGAUAAAUACGGAACAACAGCACUCGUAUGGGCUUGUAGAAAAGGAAAUGCGGAAAUUGUUGAUACUCUAUUGAAGGCAAAUGCGAAUGUCGAUACAGCGGGAAUGUAUUCAUGGACGGCACUUCUCGUGGCUGCGAGCGCUGGUCAUCAAGAUUGUGUCGCAUUAUUAUUGGAAAGGAAACCGAAUGUUAAUGCUAUAGAUAAGGAUGGACAGACCGCAUUAGCAAUAGCUUGCAAAGAAGGCUUUCAAGAAAUAGCAUCGUCAUUGAUAUCAGCUGGAGCAUAUCUUAAUUCACAGGAUCGAAAUGGUGAUACACCGCUUAUUGGUGCUGUUAAAAUAGGCCAUCGUGGAAUUGUUGAGGCAUUAUUAAAACGACAUGUUGAUAUUGAUUUACAAGGAAAAGACAAGAAAACCGCACUUUAUACAGCAGUUGAGAAGGGUCAUGUUACAAUCGUUAAACUUUUAUUGAGCACUAAUCCUGAUAUAGAAUUAUCAAAUAAAGACUCUGAAACGCCAUUAAGUCGAGCCGUACGCAAUAGAAAUUUGGAAAUUGUAAAUAUGAUGCUUGAGAAGCGUGCAAAAGUUGGUGCUGUGGAUCGUCGUGGUGAUACAUGUCUGCACAUUGCAAUGAGAGCUCGCUCAAAAGCUAUUGUAGAAGCAUUAUUGAGAAAUCCGAAAAAUAGUCAAUUAUUAUAUCGUGCUAAUAAAGUAGGUGAAACACCUUAUGCAUUAGAUGCUUUGCAUCAAAAGACCAUUUUGGGUCAAGUUUUUGGAGCUAGGAAAUUAAAUACACACGAAGAUGCUGAAGGAAUGCUCGGAUAUGGACUCUAUUCUUCAGCAUUGGCGGAUGUUCUGUCUGAACCAACAUUAACUACGCCAAUAACUGUUGGAUUAUUCGCAAAAUGGGGAAGUGGAAAGAGCUUUUUACUAACAAAGCUUCGAGAGGAAAUGACUUGCUUUAGUCGACAAUGGUCGGAGCCACAAAUAAAAGCAACGUGGAUAAUUGUUUUGAUUUCAAUUCAUUUGGCAUUAUUUCUGGGCAUAAUUGUUGCAUUAUCAACAUGGUCGGUGAUUUUUGGUAUCGCAACUGGAUCGUUGUUACUUGUCUUGAUGUAUUCGUUAUCAUUGCUUUUGAAAUUCAUAAAUCGACGAUAUAGUUUCGAUUGGUCGUACAAUCUGCAUCAUUCGUUUGUGAAAAAGAUAGGAAAAUUCCGUUUGAUAUUACAAGUAGCAUUUUGUCAUCCCACAGGCAGUCUCCAUUCGACCCAAACAAGUGCAAUUCAAACAAUGCCAGUACGAUUUCAUUUUGCAGAAAUAAACGGAGCGGCACCAACGGGCGAGACUGCAUUAGGAUAUAUGCUAUCUUCAUUAUUUACAGCAAUUGAAAAUUAUUAUGGCUCAAUUCCGACACGUUUAUAUAGAUCAUUUAGACCAAAACCACUAAAACCAUCAUCAAAUUGGAGAUUUCGGAAAAUGUGUUGCAUACCAAUCUUUUUAUUAUUUGAAAUAUUCAUUUUCGCCUCAAUUGCGGGCAUCGCAUUGCUUAUCAUGUGGUUCAUUAAUACAGAUAGUGAGUCGAAGAAGAGCAUUGAAAUAUCAUUAUAUGUUAUCGCAGGCAUUCUCGUUGCCGGUGCCUUUUUCAAUUUAAAUGCAUGGGCAAAGGCAUUGAAUACAAUUUUCUUCUCGCAAGGGCGCUUUUUGAAGCAAAUAAUGAAAUCAAAUGAUGGCUUAACAGCCCUUAGUGGUGAAGUAAUGAUGAUGGCUGAUAUGGUGAGGUGUUUAGACUCAUUUACGGGACAACAAAGUCGUCUCGUCGGUGUUAUCGAUACAUUAGAUGUUGUCGACAUAGACAGAAUUUUGAGUUUACUUAAUGGCAUUCAAACAUUACUCAUGACUCCAAAUCGUCCAUUUGUGCUUUUAUUAGCUGUUGAUCCACAUGUUGUGGCGAAAGCUGUCGAACAAAAUAGUAAACGAUUAUUUACGGAAGGCGGUAUUGGAGGACAUGACUUUUUAAGGAAUCUCGUACAUUUACCUGUAUAUCUACAAAACUCGGGACUAAGAAAAGUUCAGAGAGCACAAACGACUGCAAUGCAAUAUAAAAGAAUCAUAUCGGAUGCAUACGAUGAUCCUAAUAUGGGAAUAUCGUAUUCAGCAUCAAAUCGACGAUUGUCAAAUGCAUCAGAAAUAAUGGCGAGUACGGAGAAGUUGAGAGGAAUUUCGAGAGGAUCAAAGAAAUUAAAGUUAUCAGAAUCAAUUGCCAGUUCCAUAGGAUCAAAUAUGCAUAAAAUUGGUGGAGGUCAAUUUGAAUUUUCAAAAGUCAUGUUAACAGACGAUUAUUUUAGUGAUGUUAAUCCUCGUAGCAUGCGAAGGCUUAUGAAUGUGAUUUAUAUAACCGUACGCUUAUUGAAAGCAUUUCAAAUCGAUUUUAGUUGGUAUCGAUUGGGCUCAUGGAUAAAUUUAACAGAACAAUGGCCAUUGAGAGCAUCAAUGAUUAUUCUUGAGGAUGACUUGAAUGGCGAUAAUUUGGAUGAAAUGGCAUCAUUACAAUCAGUCUAUGAAAAAGUUCGUCCGAAAUUGUCUUGUUUGCGUGAGGCAGCACCAUUAUUAGAUUUGGACCGUGACGAGAGGAAAUUAGACGCAUUUCUUCAGCUUCAUAAAUCAGAUUUGCAAGUGUCUGACCUGAGAAUCUUUUUGCCUUUUACUAUCAAUUUAGACCCGUACUUAAGGAAAGUUUUGAAAGAGGAUCAACAAGCAAUGGAGGAGGAUGAAGGAAUCGUGGUUCCGUUAAUGAAGUCAAAUUCAUCAGUUACACCACAAAUGCCUAAUGUUUACAAUCGUAGUCAUAACACAUACUAUCCACAACAAAAUCCAUUUAUUCCACCUGUAUAUUCUACAAGCCUCAACAGCACCCCAAUGGCACUAAUGAAUUACUUUAAUGCAACUCAUCGGCAGCCAUUGCCAACACAUUUAGAGCAUCCAAUUUUAGAGAACGCAUAUGUUCAGCCACAACAGCAACAACAACAACUUAAUGUUGAUAUGGAUAUUUCUCAAAUUAAGUUAUCGAAAUUGAGCUGUGAUGAUUUAAUACAGCUAUUAGGGCAAAUUAAUGAAUUGAAAGGAACGAUUGAAAGCCUUUCAGUCAAUUUAAAAGAGAAUGCAAUAUCUGGAAAGGUCUUGAUGUAUUGUGAUCUUAAUGAAUUGAAAUUGGUACUUGGCUUGAAUUUCGGUCAUUGGGAAACAUUCAAGUACUUCAUAAUGAGCUUACGCGAUGGAGAAAAUUCAUCAACGACAACAAAGAGCUCAAUUGUAACAUUUAAAACUGAUUCAAAGGAUGUAAAUGAUGGAGCUGGUCCUUCAGUGCAAGUUCCCCAAUUAAGUCGUACUAAGCAGAAGAGCGUUAUCGAAAAACAGGUUACUCUGGAACAAGAGAUGAUUUCCGGUGCAUUGUCGACAUUAAAUGAGGAAGCAUUUGAGGAUGUAACAUCAAAUCAAAAUCCUAUAUCAUCAAAUGGAUCAACAGGCAUCAUGUCAUCAAAUUCACCAAUAGGUCAGAAGAAGGCAAUUUUGAGGCAUCAGAAUAGCGUAAAGAGUGAGAAGGGCGGGAAGCGUGUAUCACUUGAGGUUGUUGAUGAAAAGCCAUCUCGAAUGAGUCGUCAAUCAUCAAUGAUGAAAAGUGAUAAGUUGUAUAGCAUGGGAUCAUCGUUUGAUGAACGUAGUGAUGAUGAAUCAAGUUAUGAAUUCAAAGUGCCAGUGUCACGUAAUAACAGUAGCAAAAAUUUGGCUGUCGAAAGUAUUCCAUUGGUGUCAAAAUGAUUUAUUUAAAAUUUUAAGGAUAGAAUGAAAUGUAUUUUACCAAUUUUAACUGUACAUUGAGUGACAAACAAAGGAGUGAUGGCGUAUUUUUGCAAUGGAUUUAAAUGUUGUGGAUUAAAAGAUACUGGUAGAUAGUUAUGUACUUAAAUAAUAAAGUAGAAGCACAUGAGUGAAUUUAGAACAGUAAAUUGAGACAAUAAUGUUGUAAAACUAUUCAUAAAGGAAUACAGGACAUGAAUCAUACGUAGAUAGCUUAUAAAAUGCUAAUUCAGGUAUGCAAAUAUUUUAGAUAGGACAAAUAUGUCAAUUGAAUAAUUAAAAGGAAACUCAGCUGCUCAAAUCCAUGCAGGAAUACGCCUCAGAACAACAAUAUUUAUUUUGAAUUUCUUAAAACAAUUUUUAAGCUUUCACUUUUCGAAUUUUUAAUUAAAUAUAAACAACAACAAAACAAAUCUUAAUCGAAUUAACAUCCAUAAGUAAAUGGUUUGUAAUUUGUAGUCUUUAAAUCUCUUUUACAUAGAUCUUAAUUAAAUCGAAUACACAAAAAAAUAAAUAAACAAAAAAG